AUGGAGAUGCAGAUCAAACGCUUCCAGCUCUUCCGAGAGGAUGUGCGUGACCUCGUGGAGCUGACUGUGGGGAAGAUGGAGAUGUACCAUGUCGUUGGGGCUCUGGUGCUGGAGUGCACGGUUAUCUACUACACGGAGGGGCGCAUCCGGGCCAAGGGCCUAGCUUAG